UCCCCGGCUUUAGCCAUUCAGUACCUAGAAAAGAGCAUAAAGGCCCUAAAGGAAAGAAACAAGCUUCUUCGAAUAGCCGACAAGUACGGGUGGGACGUAGUGGACGAAUAUAUAGACGACCCUAUUACAGAGGGGACCGACGACGCAACAAAGUUAAGACAAGCCGACUACCGGGCCAAAGCUAAGAGACGUAACAAAGUAAGCACCCGUCCUGCUCCUUAUAUUCCAGAACCAGAGAGUCUUCAAGUUCCUCAAGAUGAGCCUUUUCGUAAAACUUCAUCAGCAUCUACAAGAGAAGUAUCUAGGAACUACAAAUACCCGGCUGCCCAAGGAUCACAAACCCGCACAGGACCUCGUACCGGUAUCUACAGCCAGAAUGAGUACUUCACCAGUUCACAACCAACAGACAGGUGUUACUACUGCAAUGGCGAGGGUCACUGGGCCUAUCACUGCCCAAAGAGACGUAGGUUCCAACCAGCCGAGACCAGUGGUUCUUCAGGAGCAAAGUGAUGAAACAAUUUCCUUCCAAUAUUCGGAGAUCCAGAGACCACGAUUUGCAUGACCAGAGUUGUCACAAUUUAUUGCUAUUAUUUAUU